CACUCACUCACUCACUGUUUGCAGCCUUUACACAUUUAUAUAUAGAGAGAGAGACACACACAGACACUGGACUAGUAGCGGAUUGUUAAAUGUAGCCGACCGAUUGCACGGCGAAGUCCCGGGGCUAGCGGCAGCACCUUGCAGUCUGCUGCGAGGUUACAGAGACUCAAAACAAAAAUAGGGGAGAGGAGGGAGGGAGGGGGGUGUGGGAAGAAAAGAACAACAAAAAAAAACCAUAAAGCAACAACAACAAAAAUAAACAGCCCCCGAGGAUGCGGAUCCGACCCAGCGAGGUGAACAGAGGAGCCCAGGCGAUACUGUAGUAGACAUGAUUUCUGAAUUUGUGAGCAGCGCUGUUGCUGUUGCCCUAUAUCUGAACACACUGAGUGCUGACUUCUGUUACGAUGACAGCCGAGCCAUUAAAGCCAACCCAGAUCUGCUUCCGGAAACACCAUGGACGAAUAUCUUUUACAAUGACUUUUGGGGAACCCUUCUUACACACAGUGGUAGCCACAAGUCCUACCGCCCACUGUGUACAUUUUCCUUUCGCUUUAACUGUGCCUUUGGAGGUAUGGAUCCCUGGGGUUAUCAUUUUGUCAACGUGCUGUUGCACAGUGCAGUCACUGGUCUCUUCACAAACUUCUCCCGGGUGCUGUUUGGCGAUGGCUAUUGGACUUUUAUUGCAGGCCUACUGUUUGCAACACACCCUAUCCACACUGAGGCAGUGGCAGGAGUUGUGGGCCGAGCAGAUGUCGGAGCUGGGCUCUUUUUCCUCCUUUCUUUAAUGUGUUACAUCCGGCACUGUAGGUGCAGGGGACGAAGUCUGUGGACUUGGGCCUGGUUGUUUGGAAGCUUCAUGAGUGCUGCCUGCAGUAUGCUUUGGAAGGAGCAAGGAGUAACUGUCCUGGCUAUUUCAGCCGUCUAUGAUGUUUUUGUAGAUCGCAGGCUCAAAUUUUACCAGCUUAUUUCAUUGAUUCAUAAGAGGCAGGUUGCUUCCCUUUUGAUAAGGGUGGGACUGCUGGCUGUCUGGGGUGCCACUUUACUGGGACUUCGCUUAUACUGGAUGGGUAACAAGCCACCAAGCUUCUCCAACUCAGACAAUCCAGCAGCUGACUCGGACAGCCUGCUGACACGAACUUUGACCUUUCAUUACUUGCCGGCAGCAAAUCUUUGGCUGCUGUUGUGCCCCGACACUAUGAGCUUUGAUUGGUCGAUGGACGCCGUGCCAUUGAUAAGAACAGUUGGUGAUUGGAGAAACCUUCACACGUUAGCAUUCUUUGUCGGAUUGCUGCUCCUCAUCUAUAUCAGCCUGAAGGGCUCUCCAAUAGACAAAGUUUGCAAUGGAAAAACAGUGAUGAAUGGCAAACAGAAUACAAAUGGGCACAGCUGCCACUCAGCAAUGGAGCAUGGGAACAACGAGCAGGGUUUUUACUUUGUACCAAGAACUGAUCACUUUGUAAAGAAUGAUUUAAUUCAGGGACUACCACUUCCAAAAGCUCAGAACAUUGCCAUUUUCUCUUUAUCACUGCUAAUAGUGCCAUUCCUGCCUGCUACUAACCUUUUCUUUUAUGUCGGUUUUGUAAUAGCAGAGCGAAUCCUGUACAUUCCAAGCAUGGGAUUCUGUUUACUAGUAACACUAGGCAUAAGAACCCUUUCUCUCAGAAUGAAGAAGAGAGUCUUUAAGAACUUGGUUUUAUAUGCAGCUGCUGCUUUAGUCAUUUUAUAUGGGUCGAAAACCAUAUUAAGGAACAGAGACUGGCAUGAUGAGGAAAUGUUGUAUAGAUCAGGGAUUAAAGUGAAUCCGGCUAAAGCGUGGGGUAACCUCGGGAAUGUUCUGAAAAGCCAAGGCAAAGUUUUGGAAGCUGAAAAGGCCUAUAGAAAUGCCUUGUACUAUCGCAGCAACAUGGCUGAUAUGCUUUAUAAUUUAGGGCUGCUUCUACAGGAAAAUGAUCGGUUCUCAGAGGCCCUACAUUACUAUAAAUUGGCAAUUGGUAGCAGGCCUACCCUGGCAUCUGCCUACUUGAACACUGGGAUUAUCUUAAUGAACCAAGGCAGGUUAGAAGAAGCCAAGAGAACCUUUGUUAUAUGUGCUGACAUCUCAGAUGAAAACCUCAAAGACCCUCAUACUCACAGGAGUUCAGUAACAAGCUGCUUAUACAACCUAGGCAAACUCCUGCAUGAACAAGGACAGCAUGAGGAUGCAUUAGUUGUUUAUAAGGAGGCAAUACAGAAGAUGCCAAAACAGUUUGCACCACAGAGUUUAUACAACAUGAUGGGUGAGGCAUACAUGAGACUGAACAAACUGACAGAGGCUGAGCACUGGUACAUGGAAUCCCUGCGUUCCAAACCUGAUCAUAUUCCUGCCCACCUCACAUAUGGGAAACUUCUGGCACUCACUGGACGUAAGGAAGAAGCUGAAAAGUACUUCUUGCGAUCCAUUCAGCUUGAUCCAGCAAAAGGAAACUGCUACAUGCAUUAUGGUCAGUUUCUGUUAGAGGAGUCUCGUCUGGUGGAAGCUGCUCAGAUGGCAGAGAGAGCAGCUGAACUGGAUAGUAUGGAAUUUGAUGUUGUCUUUAAUGCAGCCCACAUGCUCAGACAAGCUGGCCUGAAUGAAGCAGCUGAAAAACAUUAUGGAUUGGCAGCAGGACUGCGACCGAAUUACCCUGUAGCAUUGAUGAACCUGGGAGCCAUUCUUCAUCUUAAUGGAAAACUGCAUGAGGCUGAGGCUAAUUACCUCCGAGCUCUUCAACUCAAGCCUGAUGAUGCCAUUACCCAGUCCAACCUUCGCAAACUGCGGAACAUUAUGGAGAAACAAGGCUUGAAUGUGCAAAAAAAAAGGGAUGGUAAAACUUAAACAGGCAGACUUUUGAAACACUAAACAAGAAGGAAUCAGCAAAGAUGUGAGGGCCAAAAAUCUUCUGGCCGCAGUCCUGGCAAUGGCCCCCAGCACUGACCCAAUUGGAGUUUGCAGAGUCAGUAGGAAGCACUUGGUUAUUAUGGGAUGUGGCGGCUGCAUCUCCUGCACACACCUACCGAACACCGCCAGGAACUCUGGCAUCCAUCUGACCCUCAGAGAGGGAGUCUCUGUAAUUCUUUAGAAGAUUUUAAUGAAAAAAUCCUUUAUUUCGGGGUCCAGGUAGCUUGCCCACUGGUGGGCCUUCAUUUACUCUUCUGAAUGCUGGUAUGCCCUAACUCACUUGGUGUACUUGACUCCAAUGUUGUACCUGGGCCCAACUGAGCCAAAAGAGUGGAAACACCUGCGUCGGAGACCCCCUUCCCUGGUCUGUCUUCUUGCUGUAUGCCCUUGGUCUCUUCAGGGACAGUUGUAAUUUCCACCCCUUACAAAGCUAAUAGAAAGCUCCCAGAAAUGAUGGAGACCUGAAUUGGAGGGGAUGGGGGUGGGUGGUGGAUUUGAGAGGUCUUUCCCUGGAAUUCUGACCCCUGAUUUUACAAAAGCCUGAUCUUCCUUGGUGCUGCCUAGCCAGCAGGUAAUCAGAGCACUUAAUAAAGCAGAUUAGGGAAAAAAAACAGAUGUUUUUUGGAUGAAGAUAAACAUUGUUAACAAAUUUACUUUUUUCAUUUGGAAUACAUCAGUCUCAAUACUUCUCCACCCCUGACACUCAUUGCCUGAUUCACAUAGUUUUAGUUUAGAUGUGCCUGUCUACUCUGCAUCUCCAAGUGGCUAAUUAUUUUUGCUGCAACUUACCACUUGAAAGCAAGUUGCAGGCAAAUCACAAAACUUUUUGUUUUAACAAAUUUUUGAAGGCUUUGUGAAUUGGGCACGUACCUGUCUGGGCUGAUCGAUGACCUAGGAGGGUUCUGUUGAGCUAUCAGUACAAUAGCUAUUGGAUCUUGAGGUUGAGUAUUUAUAAAGUGUGCCCGCAUCUGCAAAGGUGUCUUUCAUGUUCGACAUGUUAUGUAUAGUUCUGGAGUACUGUAAGCAAUUGUGCAUAAACUGCUUCGAUGUUGGUUUUGGCAAAAUGAUAUUGGGCCACUUCAUUGACUAUGAGUUACUGUAAUUUAAAGGGAACGAGAAAGGAAACAUUAAAUUGUAUCCCCUUCUCCUAUAGCAAUAGCAGACCUGUUUGCUUUUGAAUUCGAUAAAUUUUAGUAAAGGCAUAUUUGUUGAUAUUUUAAGGGAUAAAGGAAAAAAAAUCAUGAGCUGCAUUUGUUCUUUUUGCUAUUUUUCUUUCGGUUUGUUUACAUCUGUUAUUUCUUGAUUGACUGAAUGCAUUCAACUGAUUUUACUGGCCUGGAACAGGUGUAUUUUUAUGACUUCUGAGUCACAACACAAAUACAUCACUUUGCUUCUGUACUUCUCUCAAUUAAAUCGAACAGCAGGGACUUAUUCUUCUUCUUUUGUGUGAUUGCGCGGCAGAAGUGACUAAUUGCUCCGGCUUUGUUGGCAUUGUGUUGUAGCAAUGAUUCAUUCAUGGGUCUGUCCAAGAGUUAAGGGUGAAACCUAAGCCAUGCAGGGGAGACUUCCUCUCUUCCUGGCCAAUGCUUUCAGGUUCUGAGAAAAGCUGAUAAUUAAUACAUUUGUGUUGCUGCUCAGGGAUUGCAUACAGUGGAGUAAUUCCAGACGGUGCUAAAGAGCACAGAACAUGUUUACUAAAUUAAAAAUUUUAUUUUUUGAAAUUGUUCUAUUUGUAUAAAUUAUCCAAAUUUGUAGAUGUGUUUCCUUUUGUAUUGACGACUGCAAACAUGCCAGCACACAAGCUUUUCCCUAAUAAAAAAAUGCAGUGAUAGAAACACGA